AUGCAGGGAUUAAGACCCAAUUAUAAUCCUGACAGCCCAACAAGUGACCUAGCCAGAUUAUACAAGAGUCAGCUAGUAACAGGAGGGCUGACAAAAUCUGAUGAUAAACCAGAGAGUUACCUUAACUGGAAAUCCAUUGGAAAGUAUAUCAAGGACCUUGUUCUUACAGCCAGACAAGAGGUGACUCUUCUCAUUAAGUGCCUAGGUCCUGAGUCUUCAUUACUUGCCAAGAGACUAAAAGCUAUCACAAUAAGAUAUUCACCUCCUGGUCUGACCAUGAUAUGGUUGAGACUUUGCCAUGAGAAAUGGAUAUUUGCCUGGUUUGCCCCGACAUGGCCAAUGAGGAGUAGCUGCCCUUCCACCUUCAAUAAAAAAUACACAGAGAUUUUUGAGAAAGGUCAAGCAAAAGCGAGGAAUGACCAAAGUUUCACAGCAAUGUUUAACACGACAAUUGUCAAUCACUCGUCUAUUUACAGACUUAGUAAACCAACAGGUGACUACAACUGCAGGUUAUCAUUUACAGUGCACAAGACGGAUGUUCCAUCAGAGGUCAAGGAAAAAAAGCAGCAGGUGAAGUCAUUACAAGAGAUGUAG